AUGCGUUCAACGCCACGGGAUUUCAACGAGCCUUUCAAAGUUGCAGAUCACAAUUGGUGCCAUGUCGAAUCAGUCGAGUAUUUUAUAUGGAUCAAAGGUGAGAAAGACAAAGCAAUUGACAUGCGUAAUGGAAAGCCGGAGGACAGAGCGCAUGGCACCUUGAUGCCCGUGGUACGCAUGGACGAGGUUUCGAAGAUUCUGAACCGAGGGAUGGCAGAGAUGAGAGACCUCUUCCUUGACUUUCAGAAAAAGCUCGAUCCUCGGUCAGAGGCCAAUCAUUCUACUCUGCAAGAUUUCGUCAUUCCGCCCUUCCCUGUUGACUGGAAUGUUGUUGCGCUCGGAAUCCUAACCGCAGUGGACCUUACUGCUCAUCGGCGCUACGUCGUUUGGCACUCGAGGCGUUUCAGACGCGCGAAGCGCUCUUGUGACUCGUCUUACGAGCCUUCGGAAUCAGAGCAAUGUCUUGGCGACCCAUGCAGGUCACCUACCUAG